UAUUUUUGAACUACAAUAAAAUCUAAAUCGCGCGCGUUUGGUCAGCAUUGAUCAACGCACGCAUGUGCCUGAUGAUUCAGCAAUAUGGCGGAAAUCCACACAGCUGCGAAUGCGAACAGCUGACUAGUUGAGAUUUUACUUGUCGGAGUGAUUGGCGAAUAUCGAUUGCAGAAAGACGUAAGAUACAACACACAAUAAGGAGAAGUUUGCAACACGUGUAACACAUGUAGUGUUCUUUGAAUGCUUCUAUAAAAAUAUAUUCAUUGAAUUUCUUGCAUUGUACUAUAAAAAUUCUUUGUAACAUUGAAAUCUACUUAUUAUUACGAUACUCGAUUUUCUUCUGCUCAUCACGCUUGUUUAGCCAUUACUUGUAGCAGAGAGAUUGAUAGAUUUUAUGAAAAUAUGGAAUCCUUUAAAUUAAAUGAAGGCUUUUUCGACUUGUGUGUAAAUAUACCAGAUGGAGGGAUGGAUAAUUUGAACGAUAUCUUAUUGAGGUUAUAUGAAAUGGGUUAUAGAACAGUGGCAUUAAAUCAAAUUGUAAAUGAGAGUGCCAUGGAUAAUAAUAAGAAAAAGAAGGAUGAGACUAAACAAGUAACAAAUGUGGUACCUGACCCAAUUGAUGUUUCAAAACUGAAUGAAAAAUGGAAAGGAAAACUGAAUAUACUUAAUAGGCUAACAUUUAUUUGUUCAAAUUCAGUGAAAGUGCACACAUUGGAACAAUGUCCAAAUUUGAAAAAAUAUGAUAUAUAUGCUCUUUCCCCAACUAAGCAAGAUAUGUUGGAGUUUGCUUGUCAAACCUUAAAAGCAGAUCUCAUUACGAUAAAACCAGAAAUUUCUGGCAUAAAAAUAAAUCAAAAAAUAUAUCGGCAGGCUGUAGCAAGAGAUCUCUAUUUUGAAAUACAGUACGUAGAUCUUUUAAGACCAGAAACACGUGUAGCGGCUCUUCAUCGUUCUUAUAAAUUACAAAUGUGCCGUGUAAGCAUGAAUAUAAUCAUAUCUAGUGGUGCAAACAAUAGGAAUUUAAUCAGGAAUCCUUACGAUAUUGUAAAUCUUGGAUUUGUGUUGGGUUUGAGACGAGAUAAAAUAAAAUCAGUUAUAUUAAACGAAUGUCAACUUCUUCUUUUAAAAGCAAAAAAGCGACUAUUUGGCAAGUCAGUGUUUGCGAUAGAAAUUGCAAAAAAUUCGGAUGUAAGUGACGACGAAGAAAUACCAAAGAAGCAAAGUAAAAAAUCUCUAAAUUAAAAGUUUUUUAUAUUCUAUUUUAUAAGAAAUUCUAUUAAACA